AUGUCCGAACCCGGCCCCGAGUCCAUUCCUACCAGCGCCGACCCGCGCAGCAAAAGACCCGUCAAGCGUCGCGCAGUCACCCCGCACAGCGAACAAGCGUCGCAAAUCGAGCAUCUCUUCCGCGAUCCGAACAAGGAAGUCCGACUGCCAGACCCGUCAAAGCAACGGACAAGCUCGUCGCUGGCUCCCCCGCCGGAAAUCGUUGCCAAUGUCCAAGGUUCCUCGGCCGGUGCGGGCUCUGGCGAGUUCCACGUUUACAAGGCGAGUCGCCGGAGGGAAUACGAGCGUCUCCGCAUGAUGAAUAGCGAGGUGGAGAAGGAAAAGGAGGAUCAGGCGUGGAAGCAAAAGAUUGAAGAAGCCAGGCGGAGGGAUGAGGAGAAGACCCAGAAGAACCGGAGGAGGAGGGAAAAGAGGAAUGCAGUAAAGAAGAAGAGCAACAACAACGAGGGGAAUAAUGGGGGCAAUAAGGACGCUCCGAGCGUCAAGAGGGGACCGGAUGGGAUGGCGGUUGAUGAGGCAUUCAGGCGCAUAGAGAACAGGCGGAGGGAGGAGGAAGAUCAAAUUACCGCAGGAGACGGGCCUGAUGUGUCUGUUGAGACACCUGGCGUGAUCAUUCACGAGGACUAG